AUGUGUAUCAUUUCAUCUUUAUUCUCACCAACUUCCCCAGCUUGUACAGUCAAAUUGUUGAAUUGGAAGAACUCUCUCGUCAAGAAAAGGGAUGAAAAAGGAUUGAGUCCGCUGCAUUAUGCUGCAUUGAGUGGAUUUUCUUGUAGGACAUCCCAGCUAUUAGAUGUAGAUAAUUCCGUUGCAUACAUUUCAGACAAUGACAGCAAUAUAGCUCUUCAUAUAGCAGUUAGUAGAGGUUGUUGUUCUAUCGUUAAAAUACUUAUGUCGCACUCUCCAGAUUGCUGGGAAAUUACGAAUGACAAGAGACAAAAUAUACUUCAUACUGCAUUGAAGGAAAAAAGGAAGGCCAUAGUCAAAUAUAUCUUACAAAACAGUAGAGCAAUCAGCACUCUCAUAACACAGAAAGACAUUGAUGGCAACACACCUCUCCAUUUCUUAGCCGCUUCUCUCAUAAGGCAUCCUAUGGCGGAUAAGAAGGCCUUAAACAAGGAAAAGUUUACUCCGUUGGACAUGAUAACUGACAGAUACAGUACUACUCGGUUGAGACUGAGACUUGCUGGUGGUACUUUGAGCUUGCGCAAAAGGAACAGCAUAAUUAAAGAUAUGAGAAAGGGAACUACUGCAAUCGAAGAUCCGGCAAUAGUUGCAAAUAAACAGAAGGAAAGACUAAAUAAUAUCAGGAAAGGAGCGGAUACUAGUGUAAUAGUGGCUGCACUCAUACUCACCGUAACUUUCACGGCCGGAUUCACCAUGCCUGGUGGUUACAAUCAAAGUGGCGUUGAAAACCUAGUCCCUGGAAUGGCAGUUCUCUCAAAAAGACUAGCUUUCCAAGCAUUUGUCAUCUCAGAUGCUAUAGCCCUACUAUUCUCUUCAAUAGCUAUAUUUCUCAACUUUUGGGCGGGCAUGGCAUCAAAACAUAAUAGUUGUGUGGAAUCUAGCCAUUGCCGCUGGAAAUUUUGUUAUUGUCGCCAUUAUAGCGAUGAUGGUUGCAUUCAGUACAACGACUUAUGUAGUGUUGGAACAAUCACCAGCCCUUGCAGUCACCGCAUGUGUUGUUGGUGUCCUAUCUUUUCCCCUUUCUUUCUUAUUGUUCCGAACACUAAUUGGUAUGCCGCACAAGUAUUUUGA